AUGUGGCAAAGACAUUUAAUAAAGAGUCCCAAAAGGGCAUCAAUAUUACACACAAAAUUUAAUUUCACUACUGGAAAGGUAAGUUUAAAAGACGAAAAAGGUUCGUCUGGUGAGGAUGGAAAAUCCUGUGGGAAUAAUGGAGACAAGUGGAAAAAAAUAUUAGCCAAAGUGAAAGGACUAUCAGAAGCUGUACUUGAAGUUCCUUGUGAUCCUGUAGGACCAGGAGCUAGUAAAGAAGGCAAGUAUAAAAAUCCGGAGUAUUACUGCUAUCAUAAGUACAGUUUUGUUGAAGCAUUAGUUGAAUUACAAAAAUAUCGUGCAUCUUCAUCAGAAUGCAAUUGA